AUGGCGCAUGAGGAGAGGGUAUAUGCACGCCGACAAAGACAAGGUGAAUCUUGCUCGCACGACAAUAAAACUGGUCCAUCACAGCAAGCUGGUCCGUUAUGCCCCACGCAAAACCGGAGAGCGAGCAAGUACAAGCUCAAAUCGAAGGAGGAUGCCGAUGAUCGGAGCGGAAAACCCAAUCUUUAUAUUAAUAUAAAAACCCAAACCCACGACUUCCUUCUGACAAAAACUCCCCACUUCCAUCUCCCCUCCACAAAUGGAAUUGAACACUACCCUCGUCCCCUCUCGCUCUUCCCUCCACCUCCCCUCACCGUCGCCCGCCGCGGACCGCUCGCCCCCCUCACUUCCUCCCCUCGCCCCUCACGGUCUCGCGCGUUCCCGCCGGCGAAGAUCCUCCCUCUGCUCGCCGGCGUCGCCGCCUCCUCCUCAUCUUCAUCAGCAACAAUCUCCUCGAUCGUAGAGUCGAACGGCACCGCUUCUCCCUCUCCUCCUCCUCCUCCUUCCUCGACUCCAUUGGUUAGGGUUUCGUCGGAUUCUUUGCAGUACGAGAGCGGGUACCUCGGCGGGAUCUCGGAGAAGACUCCGCCCUCGGAUGACGGCGAAGGAGGCGGCGACGGAGUGCGAUUGACGAAGUAUCUGACGAGCAUAUUGUCUUCUAGAGUGUACGAUGUGGCGGCGGAGUCGGAUGGAUCGGAGUGUUUCCGCUCAGAAGGUGUAGCUGUGGGUGAUGAGCAGCUGUCGGAGAGGCUCGGGGUUAAUCUCUGGCUCAAGAGGGAGGACUUGCAGCCAGUCUUUUCAUUCAAGCUGCGAGGAGCAUAUAACAUGAUGGCAAAGCUUUCGGAGGAGCAAUUGGAGAGGGGUGUUAUCUGCUCAUCCGCCGGCAACCAUGCCCAAGGAGUAGCCUUGUCAGCUAAAAGACUAGGAUGCAACGCUGUUAUCGCAAUGCCGCUCACUACUCCAGAGAUUAAGUGGAGAUCGGUUGAGAGAUUAGGUGCCAAAGUUGUCCUGGUUGGGGAUUCUUAUGACGAAGCACAGUCAUAUGCGAAGCUAACAGCAGAGCAGGAGGGUCGAACGUUCAUCCCUCCUUUUGAUCAUCCAGAUGUCAUCGUGGGCCAAGGGACGAUUGGAAUGGAGAUAGUUCGCCAAUUCAAGGCUCCAUUACAUGCCAUUUUUGUGCCUGUUGGAGGUGGUGGAUUGGCUGCGGGUAUUGCUACUUAUGUCAAACAAGUUUGCCCAGAGGUUAAAGUUAUCGGGGUUGAACCAGUUGAUGCUAACGCUAUGGCAUUGUCUUUGCAUCAUGGACAAAGAAUCAUGCUCGAACAAGUAGGAGGCUUUGCAGAUGGUGUAGCUGUAAAAGUAGUUGGUGAAGAAACUUAUCGGUUAUGUAGGGAGCUAGUAGAUGGUGUAGUUCUCGUCAAUCGUGAUUCUAUUUGUGCGUCCAUAAAAGAUAUGUUUGAGGAGAAGAGGAGCAUUCUUGAACCUGCUGGUGCUCUUGCCCUGGCUGGGGCUGAGGCUUACUGCAAGUACUAUGGUUUGAAAGGGGAAUCUGUGGUUGCAUUAACCACUGGGGCUAACAUGAACUUCGAUAGAUUGAGGUUAGUAACUGAGCUUGCUGAUGUUGGUCGGAAACGAGAAGCUGUUCUCGCAACAUUUCUAUCGAAAGAGCGAGGUAGCUUUAAACAAUUCUGUAAACUGGUGGGUCCUGUCAAUAUAACAGAGUUCAAGUACAGACAUGACCCUAGCAAAGAAGAAGCCACAGUUCUUUACAGUGUUGGAGUUCAUACUGACAGUGAGCUUAAAGCGAUGACAAAUCGCAUGGAACAUUCACAGCUACAAACAGUGAAUCUGACCAACAAUGACUUGGCGAAGGAUCAUUUAAGACACUUGAUGGGAGGCCGUGCAAAUGUCCAAAACGAACUUCUUUGCCGAUUUGUCUUCCCUGAGAAGCCAGGUGCUCUUAUGAAAUUCUUGGAUGCCUUUAGUCCGAGGUGGAAUAUCAGCCUGUUCCAUUACCGGUCACAGGGCGAAAUGGGUGCAAAUGUGUUGGUAGGCAUCCAAGUCCCUGAUGAAGAAAUGGAAGAAUUUCAGAAUCAAGCCAAAGAUCUUGGCUAUGAGUAUGCAUUUGAGAUGAACAAUGAGGCAUUUAAGCUUUUAAUGCAUUGACAAAAAAAUGCAUUAAAAAUUCUAAGUCGCUUUUUCUCCGGUUUCAAUAAUGCCUGUGCCUCAUGUUCACUUAUGUAUUCCUCCUGUAACCUGUUUUUAGAAAAGAUUAAUUGGAGGAUCCUGAUUUGUUUAUCUAAUUCAGGCAGAGCGAAGAGUUAUGUAGUAUUUAGUACGAAUAAUGGAGAGCUGUCUCCUUUUGUAGUGUGUAUUUGAUCGAAUCCAAUUUUCUCAUGUUAUAUUGUGGGAAUUGCUGAAAUGAAGUGAAAUCAUUUUUCUUUCUUUUUCC